AUGUUGGCAAAGUCGUUGACAUUGUCGUCGGACAACAUCACGUACGAUCUCGAGGAUGCUGUGACGGAGUCGGCCAAGCCGGCCGCCCGGACUGCUCUCCGAGCCCACCUGGAGAGCCUCGUGCCAACGUCGUCGUCGAGCGGCUCCACGGCAUCCCGAAACACCGGACAUCACAGCGGCGAGAUCGCCGUCCGCAUCAAUGCCGUCUCCUCGCGCCACGCCCUAGCCGAUCUCACCGAGUUGGGGCCGCUGGCGCUGGCUGCCGUCGAUGCCAUUGUCGUGCCCAAGGUGGACUCUGCUGCCGACCUGACGUUUGUCUCAGAUGUCGUCCGCCACAUUCUCGGCACUCGUGCCUCUGAUCGUGAUCUGUCGUCACCACUCCCGCUUCCCAAGCUGAUUGCCCUCAUCGAAUCCGCACGCGCCGUCAUGGACCUGCACGCCAUCUGCUCGGCCGGACGCUCCGUCUUCUCAAGCACUUUGUCGCCUGUCCAUGCCCAGCUCGAUGGGCUCAUCUUUGCUGCUGAAGACUUUGCCCUCGACCUGUCCAUCAGCCGCACCCCAUCACUGACCGAGUUCCAGUACGCCCGCAGCGCCGUCGUCACGGCUGCACGCGCCUUUCGCCUGACUUCAGCACUCGAUCUCGUCUGCACCGCCUUCCGGGGCGAUCGCGGCAUGGCCACGCUGGCCGACGAGUGCCGCAACGGUCGCGGCAUGGGCUUCACAGGAAAGCAGUGCAUCCACCCGUCCCAGGUCGCCGUCAUCCAGCAGGUCUUUGGGCGCGGAGCUGGCGCGAACGGUAUCGACAACGGAGUCGACGAAUCUGAUGCCGAUCGCCGAGAGCUGGCCUGGGCUGUGCGCGUGCUUGUGGCUGCUGGUCGAGCUGCUGCUGCCGGACGUGGCGCCUUUGUCCUCGACGGCGCCAUGAUCGAUGCCCCGGUUGUCGGCAAGGCACAGCAGCUCGUGUCGCUAGCAGAACGAGCAGGCUCUGCCGACUACCUGGCCACUCUCCAUGAGCAAUACUGUGACCAGGAGCCAGAAUAA